AUGAAUGAAACUUUGUUGCUUGCUUGCAAAUACGAAGAAGUUUCGGUUCCGGUUGUUGAUGAUCUUGUCGUGAUCUCUGACAAGGCGUACACUAGAAGAGAAGUUCUUGACAUGGAGAAGUUAAUGGCGAAUACCUUGCAAUUCAAUUUCUGUCUGCCUACUCCGUAUGUGUUCAUGAGGAGGUUUCUGAAAGCUGCACAAUCUGACAAAAAGGUGGAGCUUCUAUCAUUCUUCAUCAUAGAGCUUUGCUUAGUGGACUACGAGAUGCUUCAGUACGCUCCUUCUCAGUUAGCUGCUUCAGCGAUCUACACUGCUCAGACCACUCUUAAAGGCUUCGAGGAGUGGAGCAAGACCUGCGAGUUCUACUCAGGCUACAACGAAGAAAAGCUUCUGGAGUGUUCGAGGAAGAUGGUUGGCUUGCAUCACAAGGCUGGGACAGGGAAGCUAACAGGUGUUUACAGGAAAUACAACACAUCCAAGUUUGGUUAUGCUGCAAGAACUGAACCUGCUGGGUUUCUUCUAAUGUAA